CACGUCGCAUCGCGGAACUGCUCGAGCUGAACGUGUUAAAUGGCUGUGCGUCGGCCAUGAUGGCUUUGAGCAGGGACCGUGUCACGCAAACAUGUUUUCGAAGUGAUAUAUCUCGUUUGGUGACUGAGUGACCGUGUUCCAGCGCGAUGGCCGGAGAACGAUGAGGCCCUGAGCGCUCUCUGUGCCGGGUAUUACGGCCGCAGGGCCCCCAACCAGGCCCAGUCAGGUUCACGUUCCUUAAGUCCGAGGCCCGAGCCGACCCGACUGGCCUCACGGUUCGACACCAGCCACCUCGGUUGUCAACACGCGAGCCAGCCGCCUCAGGAUGAGCAAGCUGUCGUUCAGGGCCCGUGCCCUGGACGCUUCCAAGCCCAUGCCGAUUUAUAUGGCUGAGGAACUACCGGAUCUGCCAGAUUACUCGGCCAUUAAUCGUGCUGUGCCCCAAAUGCCCAGCGGCAUGGAAAAGGAGGAGGAAUGUGAACAUCACUUGCAAAGAGCAAUAUGCACAGGUCUGAUCAUUCCUACCCCUGAGGUAACUGAUUUAACAGAUGUGGAAGCUUAUGACAAAAUAUAUCCAGCUGACUAUAGGCUACCUCGUCAACUUAUACACAUGCAACCUUUUGCAAUGGAACAAGAUAUUCCAGACUAUGAUAUGGAUUCAGAAGAUGAAAAAUGGGUUGCAGUACAAAGUCGUAAGAUGGACUUAACUCCUCUUCAAUUUGAAGAAAUGAUGGAUCGUUUAGAGAAAAGUUCAGGACAAACUGUAGUCACUCUUAACGAAGCUAAAGCACUUCUGAAAGAGGAUGAUGAUUUAAUUGUUGCUGUGUUUGAUUACUGGCUGAAUAAGCGUCUUAAAACACAACAUCCUCUUCUAUUAACGGUUAAAACAGAGCAUCGGUUUGGUUCAGCUGCCAAUAAUCCUUAUUUAGCGUUUAGACGUAGAACGGAAAAAAUGCAAACGCGUAAACAUCGUAAAAACGACGAAACUAGUUAUGAAAAAAUGCUGAAGCUCCGUAGGGAUCUUAGUAGAGCAGUUACCCUUUUAGAAAUGGUUAAAAGAAGAGAGAAAACCAAACGAGAACAUUUACAUCUUACAAUUGAAGUAUAUGAAAAAAGAUAUCAGGCACAAGAUUUUAACGGACAAAUAUUGGCAGAAGUAUCAGCGUUGAAGACACCAAGACCUGCUUUUGCUCCACUGUUCACGAAUCAGUUUGGUGUUCAUCAAAAUUGGGCAAAUAAAGUCUGUAGUAAAGAUGAUGUAGUACCCAGGAAAGAAAAAAGACAAUAUAAGAAGCGAAAGCAUAAAACCGAUAGCAGGGGAGGAAAUUUGGAAGAUAAUGGUGUACGGGGUGGAACAGGUAGUGGAGGUGGUCGAGGAAGUCGGCCUGGUGUUCUUGGAAGCGGGCUGGACCCGCUAAUAAGUUCAGACGAAGAUAGUCCGCUCCCAUCUCAUUCACAUUCUCAGCCCUCGGUUCCUUCAGAUCGCGAUGAUGAAGACACUGCUGAUGAGGGUCAAUUCACUUUCCGACGAAAUAGAAAUAGCACUUAUCUACCACCUGUAUCAGGUGGAUUUGGAAACUGGCCUUGGUGUGAUAAAAGUGAAGGGGGCUUGGCUGAUAAGAAGUAUAGGUUUGCACUGACCAGUAUCAGCAAACCAGUACCGAGAUGUAUUGGUUUUGCCCGGCGGCGAAUUGGUCGGGGUGGCAGAGUAAUAUUGGAUCGCUGUUCUACUGAUAUGGAUGAUAUGUGGUCUUCUCUAGACUUUACAAUACAUCAACCAAAACGGGAACCAGUGGAAUCUGAUACAACUGCCACACCAACAAUUCCAAUCAAGAAGGAGUGGUUACACUUCCGACCAAAGACUCCACCUGUGUCAGUGCAUAGUCCAAGUGAAGAAAGUAGUGAUACGGACUCAGAUAUAGAGCCAACAUUAACUCCAUCGAAACCGCUUCCAUACCCGUUCCCACCUGAAGCGACAUCUAUCUGUGUGGAAGUAGAGCCCGAGCGUGUAGGAGAUGAACCACCUUUUACAUCAGAAUUCAAUAUCGCUGAUUAUUUCUCAGUGGAUACGCUAUCGGACUUUGAUCUUGCCGUUGCGAGUAUAACCGGUAGUGCGUGCAUCAGUGGUCUAUCGGAUAAUAACUCUAACGAUAUGCGGACAGACGAACUGGGUAGUUCACAUUUUGUUGUGACUCCACUACCUAGUAGUCUUUUGGCACAGCCUGCAACACAACAGAGUCGGCCUCAGUGCAGUGGUAGUGGUUUUAGUGUUGUAAAUACUUCUACGAGUUCUACAAUCCCGUCGUCUUUCUCGUGUACAACCAACCAACCGACAACGUCGAGUGUAGUAUCUACGCAAUGCGUAAGUGGUGCUACUGAGACACAGUCGAACCAGUCUAAACAGCAACAACAUAGACAAUUACCAAACAACAGCAAUCCUGUUUCCAUUCUGUCUAAAUCCUUGACUAGUCCAACGAAUAAUAGGAAUGGCGGUAGCUGUGGCAGUGGUAGUGCUGGAGUCAGAGUGUUUAGUGCAAGUACCACAACUAGUGGAACAAUUACAAACUUUGGCAAUGGACAUCAAAAUGGGCCAUUGUCUCAUAUAAAUAACUCUAAUAAUCUUUCAAAUAGCACUCACGUCGUGAAUAAUCAAUCAACGAUAGUUCUGCCACAAAAACAUCCGCCGUCCACUCUGCUACCUGGCUUUAUCACACAGAGCAAAUUGGCGAGUCUCGCAAGGCAGCAACAACAGACGCAGAGUCAGGCGCAACAAAUCCCAGCGUCCGGGGAAAUUACGCUUAAUAGUAAUAGUGAAAAUUUGGAUAUGAAGGUGGAUGGAGUGGAAAAUGCAACUUGCGAUGGUAAACCACAGCAACAGCAGCUUGUACGGGCAAAUAAAACAAAUUCGUUAGCGAUGGAAGUGACAUGAUGCCUGCUAUCGGCACCCCUGUUGCCGCCAAUACGUCACUGGGGGCUUCGCUAACUUUACCUUGCCUAUGUCUGUCUACCUUCUUCUGGAGACUGAACAUACACUACGUGCUCGUUAAUACAAAAUGCGGUACGGCUAGAUUGCAGAAAUACUCUGAUCAGUUGCCUGUUACAGCGAUGACAACGGAACAGUGUCAAUUCCAUUGCAAGUACCAAGUUGUUUUGACCAUGAAAUAGACUAUAAUUUAUUUCUCUAAGUCGUUUGUUUCCUUGCUACUUGAACAGUCACAAUUAUUCGAGGCAGUCACAGUGUUUCAUUAAAUCUUUAUAAGGAGUAGUUCAUUUCUUUUUGGUAUAUUAAAUUUAGUAUUAGUUUCAGACUGUUGUUAUGUUUCUUCAUUUCUUGAUAUAAAUAUCUUUUUAGAUAUUAAUAGAUAAAUAUAAAAAUAAUAUAAUGUACAUACUCUUUGUUUUCUGAAACAAGAAAUAGUUUUGUUCAACGCAAGGGAACUUUUAUAUUUGACAAAAUUAUAGCCUCAUUUUUAUCAAAAACUUGGCAGAACUCCUUUCUCAUUUUUUUACUCAUAUGCAAAUGAUACCGUUGAAAUAUGUUUAAUGAAGUUACUAAAAUCAUAUCAUAGGCUUUCUCAAACACAGCAUUAAUUAUUUUUAUUCCAGAAGUAUUACAGAGAGAUUUUCGUUUGUUUUUUUUUAGAAAUUUUGCAUGUUUGGAAUAUAUAUUCGUAUUUUUGACAAUUAGAUAAAUCUGAGAGAAGAUAAUGACUAGUACACCAUAAAAUAUUAUAAAAGCUAAUUCUAAAUUACAUUAUUUUGAAAUAUGAAAUUUAAACUUUUGGCGGAUAGUAUUUCUGUGUGUACAUUUAUGAUUGUAAAUUUUAUUUAAAUGAUAUAAACUAGAGAUGGAGUAAAUACCUCUUGUGAACAAUGUAUAAUAAACCUUUUAUAAAUAAUCUUAAUACAUAUUGUUUUUUCAAAACUCUUAAUGAACUCAAAUUAAUUUGAUUUAUUGUGGAUUUUCAUGUUUAUUUCAAUACUAUAUACGGUAUUUAUGUAUAUAACAUAAAUUCAGUUUAUAUAUAAGGAAGUAUUCAUAUUAUUUCUUUACAAGUAUGUUAAAAUAGUAGUAUCUUAAAAGCUUUCAGGCUGUGAAAUAAUGAAACUAUUAACAGUAAUAAUCUUUAUAUUAGCACAUAAUAAAGGAGGUUCUAAUUCUUUUAUAGUUUUAAGGAACCACACAUUUCUAUUUCAGUAACAUACUUUGAAUUAAUAUAAAUGUAAAUAUAAAUAUAAAUCUUAAUGUUGCGUUUGAGAAGCUUGUAUCAUGAAAAUCUAUAUUACAUUUUGACAAGUUCAUGACACUAUGGUUAGGGUUUAUAAUAUCUACACAGAACAUGUAAAAAUUUUCGUCUUUCAAUUUAGUAAUUGCGAGCUGUGGAAAUAAGAAUAACGAUUAAUGAAUUUAUUUGCCAUACAAAAUAUGAAAGAAACGAAUUGUUCUGCAUAAUGAUAUAUUAAAUUUUAUUAAUUAGCUUGCAAGUAAAUUGAUUACUCAUUUUAUGCAAAAAAUUGGCAUACAGUGAAAUUGUGUACUAUUAAUUUGUUAAGUACUUUAAAGCAAGAUUUAAGUAACAGUAUUUUUGAAAAUGGGUAUAUCUUAUAUAUGUAUAUUCAUACCAGUAGAAUUCUUUACAAAAAAUUGAUACAUUACAUAAAUAUUAGAAUAAUAGCUGAGUCUGUAUUUAAGCUUCAAAUAAGGGAUUAUCAGCUUCGUGCUUAAAUCAAACAUAUAACGUCGUAUCAAUGAGUACUAUUGCCAUACAAAAAUUUAGUUGUUUAUGCAGACAAACAGUUUUUGAAAUCUACUGGUAUAAUUAUACGAAAAUUGAGAUUGAGGUAUUUUGGCAUUUACUGGUACAUAAACCAUAUACUUUGUUACAUAAUUUUUCAGAUAAAAAGAAAAGUUUAAUUACCACUAGAUAAAACCAACAUGAAAAUGAAAGUAGUUACUGAAUCUGCGCAUAUUUUUAUGCGCGUUAUUCUCUUCCUCUUAGUCUUUCUGCAUUAUUGCCUCCCAUUCCAUGUAACUGUAUAUCGAGAUACUACAUUAAAAUAUAAGUAUUGAAUAAAAAAAUAACUUAGCAAGAAAAUUGACAAUAUCAAGAUUCUAAGAUGUUUUUAUUUGAUAAUUGAUGAUACGAAAGAAGCAGUUGUUUUAUUUGAAAGAAUGAUUAACACAUUUAUUACAAUUACAUUUCAUAUUUCUGUGUGGCUAAUAGGAAGGAUACCUAUAAAAAAAUACAUAUAGUUACUUAAAAUAGAUUAUUAAAUAUAUGAGUUUAGAAUUGACGAAAUUCAAGAGUAUCUGUCGCAUAAUUGUUAUUAUUAUUUAGAAAAGGUUUCAUUCACAUAUGCAACACAUUGUCUGUUGUUUAUUUGAAAUUUGUAGGCACUGAUCAAGACGAACAAUAUCCUAGCCACUUGGACUGAAGAUUUAUAAUUUAAGUGUAUUACGAACGGCCAUGGCAAAGUCUUUCAGGUAGUCAUUCAUUUUCCAGACUUGAAGCAUAGAAAUUUUUUCCAAGUAUGCAAUAAAAAAGUUCUUUCGCGAGCCGUAAUACGAGAUCAAGAGAAAAAUAUAAUGGUGCAAAUGUUGCAAAUUCUAGAGACUUCAUGAAAUCAUAAUAAGAAACAAACAAAAAAGAUAUAUUGUACAUAUAAAAAUAAUUACGCUUAUUGUAUCUCUUACUUUUAGGUAAUUAACUAAAAAAUAACUGUAAUUAAUGUUGUUGUGGUAGGUGCACAGCGAUGUGUAUGAAAAUUUAUGAAUUCGGGACGAUUUUAGAGGAGGAGUAAUAAAGAAAUUUUAUCCUGGAUAGGACUUAUUAUUUUGUUAAGAAUUUCACUCGCCUGUAUAUUAUAUAACAUUUUGUGAAAUCUAAUUUCUGCCACAUUUGUAUAUAUACUUUAGGUAUCUGAUUAUUUCUCUCGUCUUUUUCAAACUCACCAUUGAACAUGAAGUGCUAUUUCACUUUUCUUAAUUAUAUUCACAAAUUUUCAAUUAAGUCGUAUUUCAUUACCUUUCUCAUUAUUUUGUUUCUUUUCCCACAUUCAUAUCUUAUGUUUCUUUGCAAAAUUCAUUUAUGAAAAGAAGAAAAUAUCUUCCGUCACAUGACUUUGAGAAAGACGAGUGAUAUUAUGCGGAAAAAUAUUUCCAAGAAUGUACUUGUAAAAAUCAUUUGUUUAUUUUAGUUGGAACGCUUUAAACGAAAUAUAGUGGUACAUGGAUUUUUAUAUAAAAUUUAUUAAUGUUAAAAAUAUUGACCCAAUAGCCAUUUUACAAAUGAAACGUCGAAAAUCUUCAAAGGUUUGAUCGCUCCAACCAAAGACUGAGUUCGCUUUACAUUUUCUGAUUUGGCAAACACGAAGUUUCAUCGAUAACGAGGCCGAUAUCUCGUUGCUUUUAAGUAAUUUAUGGUAAAUAAGCUAAACAGUAUGGUAAUCAAAGUAUUACUUAGCAAUAUUUGUGAAAUGUUUUAUUAUCCAAGAAAGUUUUUGUCAAAUGAUUUAUAUAGUUAAUCGAUGUGAUUCAGAAAAAAUAAUUCGGUCGAAUUGAGCCGUGAGACUUCGUGUUUACCCAAUUUGUUGCAUUCGCGGAAAACAAUACUGUACCAUGUAAGUAGGACUAAGCCGAAUCAAUGCAACUAUUUAGAGCGAUCGAACAAGACCUAUAAUCGUUUCGUGUGAAAAAAAAACAAAUUAUUAAGAGAAAGAAUGAGCUUACAAAUAUAAUGUUCAACGUGAAGCUCUUAAAAAAGUUCUGAGUGUUAAAAAAACUUUUACGAUAAUAUCGACAGGUGUCGAAAUGCGGUGUAUCUAUUAUACGUGUAUUUUAUUCUGUGAAUACAGUAGGACUUCUAUGUCGCUGUGCGACAGGAAGAUUUAAUUGGAAAAAACGCUCCAACCAAAGCUCCAGUUUGAACGAAAGUUUGACGAGAGUAUAGAGAAUUUUUCUCAAGAUUGUAUAGUCGGAGAACGUAAAAGGAAGGUGUAUCAAAUUCUAUAUAUGUAGAAUGUUUGAUCUAGAUAACCCUUUUAUUUGUUCUUCGAUACAUACAUCAUCUACUCUCUCGUCCCCUGAUAACACCUUUCACUGAGUGCAUGUAUCAAAUUUAAUUUGAUCCAAAUAAAAUAUCAUCAGAUAUAAAUUAAGGCGUGAAUUAUAUUUAUUGCUUAUAAACCGUCGAGAUCUAACAAAUAAAAAUUACAUUCCUAAAUUUA